CUUACGGAAUAGAGACGUAAAGUUACAAGCCUCAAGGUAAUCCAACUUCCAUCUUUCGAGUUUCCGACUACUUCUCAUUUCCCAGUCAAAGACCGGUCCGACGGGAAAUCGACAAAAAUGGCGACGAGCAACGAGCCAUUAGACGAGAUUCAAUGGCGCCAUCCAAACUAUGCGCAGACCCUAGGAGGACUACAUUCCAAUAAUAUACUCUUCUAUUUCGCCGAGUCUCCGUUUUUCGACCGUACUUCCAACAAUGCCGUUCUCUUUACCCAAGCCACAUUCAACGAGAACAUGAAAUUCAUAAUCUCGACCCGUGAGCAAUUUGAGGGUCGUCUCAAACAAAUGUCAGGGCUGGAGUAUAUAGUCGCCCAGGAGCCUGCCGAGUCGGGUCCCGGCAUGGGGACUGGAGUCUGGGUCAUCCACAAGCAGACGCGUCGCAAGCGGGAUCCCGAGGACGAGGUCACUGUCCAUGCGGCGUAUUAUGUCAUCGGGGAAAAUGUGUAUAUGGCACCAACACUUGCGGAUAUCUUGAGUUUCCGGAUGGUUACCAUCUCAUCGGCUUUGAGCAAAUGUUUCGCGGCUGCAGAUAACGCACGAACCUGGUCGCCAGCCCUCGGACAUAUGUACAAGACAGCACCGAGUACUACAAACAAUAGAGCGCAGGCACUAGAGUCGAAAGGGGCGACGCCAAUGCCCGAGGUACAAGGGAGCAAGGCAGCCCCGGAAUCAAAGAAAACGACUCAAUCAGUAGCCGUAGACUCUCGCUUAGCCGAGCAUUCAUUCUUGAUACACAUGCAAUACGGCGGGGACUACAUGGAUGAGAACCCCAUCACUGGUAAGCCCGGCGAAUUCCACCUCACAUCCACAGGUCGCAAAGAAAAACUCCAAACAUUAGCUUUGCCAAAUCUCGACACGUCUUUCAAGAGCUCUGCGAUUACUCAGCCGGAUAAGAAGGAUACGAAGGGUGAUAAGACGCCAAAGACACCUACAGGAAUGCCGUCUAAAUCCAGGCGGAAGAAGAGUAAGGCUGGUACUACCCCAACUUCUGCAUAGAACGCCGAAGGUGGUAAAGGUAGUAAAAAGAAACGGAAGGCAAAGGACUCUUCUCCUAAUGUAUAGAGGGUUUUGCGACAGGUCGGCGUUUAGGGGACCAGGUAACCGGAUAUUGAUACCCCCUGCUAUAGGUAUAGUCAUAGGUGUUUGACUUUAGCAACAGACUAAUCCUAGUCUCAGUUCAUUACCUUAAUAUGAAUUUGGUGUUUAAACGAUUUUAAGUGGCCUGAUAGUGUGUCCUAUUUUCAAGUCUUACAACUUUAUGCCAAGACCAAAACAUCACGAAAC